AUGAAGCUGGCGGAUGCCUUAUCAGAUACUACUCCUGCCAAAUCUAAGAAUGUAAGCAACCCAAAAGAAAGUCAACAGCCAGGUGGAUCCAACCCCUGGGGUACAAAUCCAAGUGCUCCUUCUGCUCCUGGUUUCACACCUUAUGGGCAAGGCCAAGGAGGAGGGCCGUACUUUAGUGGCGGAUCUCAGCCAGGAGCCCCGUCACAACCGUAUCCAUCUGGACCCCAGCCAGGAGCCCCGUCGCAACCGUAUCCAUCUGGACCCCAGCCAGGAGCCCCGUCGCAACCGUAUCCAUCUGGACCCCAGCCAGGAGCCCCGUCGCAACCGUAUCCAUCUGGACCCCAGCCAGGAGCCCCGUCACAACCGUAUCCAUCUGGACCCCAGCCAGGAGCCCCGUCGCAACCGUAUCCAUCUGGACCCCAGCCAGGAGCCCCGUCACAACAGUAUCCAUCUGGACCCCAGCCAGGCGCACCGUCACUAUACCCAUCCGUACCUCAGCCAGGAGCCCCAACACAACCAUACCCAUCCGCACCUCAGCCAGGAGCACCAUCGCAACAAUAUCCCUCUGGGCCUCAGCCAGGAGCCCCAACACAGCCCUAUCCAUCUGGGUCUCAGCCUGGAGCACCAAGCGCACCUUCAGGGCCUGCUGGGUCUUACCCAGGAGCUGCACCUGGACAACGGCCUUCUGCCCCAAAUGCCCCAUAUCCUGGAGGACCCACUGGACCCUAUCCAGGAGCCCCUGCUGGACAACCAAAUGCCCCAUUCCCUUCACAACCCACUGGGCCACAACCAGGAGCUCCCACAGGGCCCUAUCCUAAUGCACCUGGGCAAUACCCUUCAGCUCAGUAUCCUUCAGGUCCUGCGGGAAUGCCAGGACCCUAUCCUAACCCUCACGGAGCUCCAAAUCAACCAUACCCAGGUGCUCCAGGACAAGGUCCUGCACAAGGUGGAUCUUAUCCAACCCCAUAUGGUCAGUCAGGUCCUGCAGGUCCUGGCCAGGGUGGGCCUUGGGGUUCCAAUCCAUGGGCAUCACAAGGUGGCCAGUAUCCUGCUAACCCGAAUCUGCCCUACCCAACCAGUGGUCCAUUCCCAACUCCUGGUGCUGCAUCAUCUGUACCAUGGGGUACUGUGCCCCCUGGUCAGUGGGGGCCAUCUGCUCCAUUUUCUGGGGCUGGUGGAUCAUACCCUAAUCCAGGCUCGUAUCCAUGAAGUUGUUCUAGUGUCUGCCUCCUGACCCCAGAAACCCACCAAAUUUCCCUUCACUCCGUUAUGACCAGGGUGCGAAUGCCGAUCACCAAAUGAUCUACAACGGAUCCCAUCAGAUGCCAAGAGUUCCCUCCCCCAAAUAAUGGAGGAUGUGACUCCAGCUCCAUCAUCUCUGCUACACCGUUCCCUUGUGUGCCAAUAGACUGAUGCGGACGUUCCUCUGGAUACAAUAUAUAGACGACGUCUUUCUUUUUCUAUAGAUAAAAGUAAAAUCUAUUUCUAUAUAAAGAUGAAUCUGUAGCUUGUGUAUGUGGUUUUUAUUUUUUAUUUUUGUAUUUCUGACUUUUUGGGUGUGUAGGGGGGGGGGGGAGAUUAAUUUUGGCUUUAAAUUGCAGGGGUUAAUUUCCACUGCAAAUUCUAAGUCUCAUUAACUAAUAGGCUUUCCUGGGCAGAUUCCACCAAAAGAAUAAAUAUGCUCAUUCUUUCCGUAGUGGAACACUGGCCAUUCCGCCACAGAUCUUCUAUAGUGUGCACUGAUCAGCAGAAUCCCAUUGAGAUCAGAUGAUCAAUCUAUUGAUUUGAUUAAAUAGGAUUCAUCUCAGAAUUACUCAGUGUGAAUGGGGCCCUAAAUGUGUGUACCCCCCCUUCUGCCAGCAUCUUGUUGGAGAUCUCUAGUGCUGGAGGACUCCUGGCUCUAUACUGGGUGUUAAGGCCCUUCUUCUUUAUUAAUUAUUAAAUUUUUUUUGGAAAGGGUCAAAGCUGGCUGACCCCUGGCUAAUUUAGGUAGUAUUGCCCCUUUUUAAAUUUUGGUCACGUGGUUUUCCUAUUCAAAUACGGUUUGCUGGGAUCGGCUAGAAGCAAACAUUCACCUUCCCUACAGCGCCCCCGCAGGGAAAAUGAGGAAUUGCAGGGUCCAGUUGAAAUGAAAGGCCUUCUUUUUUUUUUUUUUUUUUUUUUUUUCCCCACUUCAUAAUUAAAAUAAUAAAAUUACUAAAAAAGGGGAUUAAAAACUCUGCAUGGGACCCCCAAGUAUUUAUACACAAACUAGUCUCAUCAUGAUGUGUUCUCCGAACGGUGGACCUCCAGCUGUUGCAAAAACUGCAACUCCCAGCAAGCCCGGACAGCCGAUGGCUGUCCGGGCAUGCUGGGAGUUGUAGUUUUGAAACAGCAGGAAGUCCAUUUUGGAGACCACAGAUUUAUAGCCUUGCUCUUCUCCAUGGGUUGUAUCUAGUGUUGCAGCAUUUACUUGAUUGCGCUGUGAUACCAGGCUCGGCCACAUGGACUAAAGUGGCGCUAUAAA